CGGAGCUGCGUUCGUGCUGGCGUUGAGCGCUGCUAGCGGACGCCCCGCGUGUCACGGUGGCCAGCAAUGGCGGCCUCGCCGCCGCCGUCGUCGACGACGAGGGCGCCGCGCAACCUGUGGCGUGCCGUCACUCGCCGAGUCCUCGUGGUUCUCGCCUCUUCGUGGCACCGAUCGCGGUCGAGGCUCAGGUCGAUCCGCCGAGCUAGCAGCAACAAGACCCAGUCUGUGGACUGCCACGGCUACGUGAACCCCUUGGAGCUUGUGCUGGACACGAGCAAGAAGGAGGACGCGGGGGGCCGCGGGGGCCGGUCCUCCGGGGGUCCCCUCGAGCCGCUCCUGGGGCCGCUGGCCGCGGCUGCCGCGACGCAGCAGCAGCAGCACCGCCACCCUUCCUCCUUCCAUGGGGGCCACUCCUCGGUGGCGGGCCGCCGGACGACCGCCACGUCGCCCGGCGGUGCGGCCGCCGCCCGGGCCAUGCCGUCGCCUCCCCUGCCGCCGGCGCCCCACUCGGCGCCGCCCACCACCACGGCGGCUUCGUCCGACGCCGGCGCGGGCAGGAAGCAGUUGAGCAGGACGCCCACCCAACCGCCGCCGGGCGCCAUCGAAUACGUGGUCAAGGCUUCUGACACAUUGGCUGGCAUUGCUGCAAGGUUUGAGUGCACACCAGGAGAGCUGACGACGAUGAACCGGUUAACAAGCAGACUCAUCUUUCCUGGUCAGACACUGUACAUCCCUAUUAAAGAGCAAGAAUCUCACGCUGCUGAUGCAGCUGACGUGCCUGAGCUUGGGAGACUGGAGGAUGACAAGGCUUCUGCAGGCCAUCAUGGCACUGGGGCAGGACCACCUUUGCCUGGCGAGCGGCCCUGUUCACCAAGGGCCAUGAUGUCGCCGCCAGACUCGCCUGUCACUUUUGCAGAACAGCAGCGACAUGGUGGCUCUUCCACUGAGCAUGUCGAAUCUGCUGAGCCAGAGAACAAGGAGAACAUGGACAUGUUCCUGAAGAUUUCAUCACGGCACAUAACGGAUGGCCAGGGGGUGGUGAUGGGAACACUUCUGGUGACUCCGAACAAUGUGAUGUUUGUACCAAAUGUGUCCGAUGCGCUCGUCAUGGAGCAUGGGUCCGAUUGCUAUGAAGUGACUGCCCCUAUGGACAUGGUGGUGGCCGCAGCUCUCUACAACGACAUUACACAUAUGCGCCUUCGUGACACAGUGGACCCUGCUUCCGGUGUUCAGUUGGAAGAACCAUACCGGCCCGCUGACUACCAGCCACCCCCCAAAGACCAGGCGAGCUCCAGCGGGAAGUCAUCGGAGCCAGCCAAGUCUUCACAAGAGUGUACUACAGAAGCAUCGCCUAGUCUUUCAAUGCAGGAGGCAGGUGAAAAGCCUUGCUCCGAGCUGUCCCACAGUGAGUGCACCUUAGAAGAACUCGUGUCUGAUCAAAUAGCAAGUGCCGAGAGUACAGUAAUCAUCACCUCACCACCAAAGACGCCGGAGGAAGGCGUGCCCUCUACAUGCCAAGCUGGCAGCGAAAUGCCUAGUUCAGCAGCUGAAACCAAGAACAAAGUUCCCACAUCUGUAUUGUCGGAGGCAUCAAUGGCCAAGUGCGAGCAACCAAAAGAAGUGCAACAUGUGGUCAGAGUAGACUCUGUUGUCAAAUCUGAAAAUCUGGAACAAGUGCCGCAACAAGACGUGAAGCACGACUUGCAGUCGAGAAAUGGCACGCAGAAGCCAGAAGUAGAUGCAGAGUUCACUGAACAGAGUAAAGCUCAGUUAGAAAGCAAGGACAUGUGUACAUCGGAAAAGCCUCUGCAGUCUGAGCUACAGAAGGAAGUGUGUGCAGUCCAAGUCAAAACAAGUUUUAGUUCAAAAGUGACGAGUGCUGUGUCUGGCAAAGUAGAGUCCGGUGUCGGACAAGGUGCAGUAGAACAACUCGCUGCAGAUGUAGCACCAGCUCCGGAGGCCCACGAAAAAACUGGGAAGGCGUUUGCUGAGGUGAGCAAGCAGCUGGAGGCUGCUGCUGGCGAAGCGGGCACCGGGGAGUCUAACAAAGUGGUGCCUCGUGGUACUCAACUUGAAGUUGAACUGUCUUCUGCAACUGCCCAGGUGGUGAAGGAUGACCGGGCUGGUGACAAGCUCGUGGCCAAGGACAUCGCAGUUCUGAUGAACGUUCAGGAAAAGUUGCUACCAGAUACGGUGACAGCCCAAAAGAAAAUUCUAAUGGCGGAAGAGAGUGUAGCAGCCUUAAAGAAAGAGAGGCAAAAUGCCGAAGAAUACUUGUUCAAGCCCAUUGACAAGGCGUCUGAGUCUCCACCAACACUGCGCAGGGAGCCAGACAACGGAGGUCGGCGGGAAAAGGCAUUCACACCACCACCGCCAUCGUCAGGAGGAAAGAGCUUACCUGAGCCAGCGCGCUGGUCUCGCAUGCUGAGCCCAACGCUCAAGCUGGAUUCAUCAAGCGAUGUGCCAGCCCCAGAGCCACGUGGUGCCGCCUCAACGGAGAGCAUUACUCUGCGAAUGAGGGAGUGGGCGUCGGCGGAAGGUGGUGUCUCUUCCGACAGGGCCCAGGAGUCUGCACACGAGCGGGUACUCAAGCGGCUCUCAAAUCCAAUGGAGUCAAUUUCGUCAUACACACACUCCAUCUCCAAGAUGAUUGCAUCAUCGCCCAAAUCGCUGGCCGACUUUGUGCGCGGUGCCGAUGAGCCAGGACCACCAACACCUCCACCCCAGCUGCAGACACAGUAUGCUGCAGCGGAUGAGAAGAGACCCUCUUCGCGUACUGAAAAUGCCAAUGUCUGGCUCAAGAACAUGGUUGAGGAAAAACCCGAGCUGUUUGCAGCAUUUGAGAAGCUGGUUCCACGGCUAGCACAGUCAUCGGAAGCCACGCUGCUCUACUUGUGCCUACGCAUGGGACGACCCCUGCACAAGAAAGUCCAGUGCUCUGUCACAACCUCCAAGCGGCACAUUCGGCCCCAGUACUGGUUUGGCGUACCACGGAACAGAGCAGAUGAGCUGUAUUACUUCUUGGAAAAGUGGGCGCCUUCUGUGUAUGGCGACGUGCAUCGGGUUGACAUGGCCAACCGUGGAUUUGAGCCAUUGCCAGAGCCCGAGGAUGACGACGAGGCCGAGUUGCUCACUGCCAACAGCCACGUCGUGGGGACGAUCAGCGGUACUGAAGAAGGACGCGACACUCCUGACAUAAGCGGCAGCAAGGGCCACCAUGGCUCCAAGAAGGGCCACAGUGGCGCUCUACGCUUCUUCAAGCUUUUUGACAGUGGCACGGCACAGCCUGAAGCUGCUGCAGUUUCUCCUGGUGAUUGGGAGGUGGUGUCAAUGAGUGAAACACGCAGGGAGUCUGCACUAGACCUGACUGACCUUCCUUUGCCCGAGUUGCUCGAUUCCACGGAAAUCUUCACCGAGGAGCACCGUCGGGAGCUGUGCAAGCACCUUCCAGCGCGUGCAGAGAGUUACUCGUGGGCACUUGUAUACAGUACACUGAAGCAUGGCUUUAGCCUCAAGACUCUUUACCGUGAGAUGCUCAAGAUUGAAUCACCCAUCCUGCUCGCAGUGUUGGACACUGAAGGCGCUGUUUUUGGUGUUCUGACAUCGUGUUCCCUGAGAAUGAGUGACCACUUCUAUGGCACAGGAGAAUCAUUCCUUUUUACCUUCCACCCAGAGUUCAAGUUGUACAAAUGGACAGGCGAAAAUGUCUACUUCAUCAAGGGCAAUGCUGAUUCCCUGGCUUUCGGUGCUGGAGAUGGCCAGUUUGGGCUGUGGCUGGAUGGCGACCUGUUCCACGGGCGGAGUCGUCGCUGCAAGACCUAUGAGAACGACAUUCUUUCCAAAAAGGAAGACUUUGUGGUCAAAGCGCUCGAGGCAUGGGGCUUUGUCUGAACCACGGGUCGGCAAAAAGGUUCACGCCACCCGAGCAUAUACACACAUGCUGCCCACCUGACGACCUUGAGAAGAAGGGUACAAGAACAGACGAACAAGCGGCCCCAUUUGUUGUCCUCUGACCUUCUGCACUGUGUGGCUGGCAUUUUGACGAUGGCUUUUCUCUGGGCCGUGCGGACCAAACCGUCAAGCUCACGACAUGUUAGAGGAGCAGUGCCCUCUUGUCCCAACACACACACAGCCUGCCACCAUCCUUCAUCCUCUGAUUAUUCUUAUUUUGCUGUUGAGCAUUGCUGCCUUGCUUCCACCAAACCAUGUCCCCGCUUUUCUCUUUUGCGAGACUGGAAUCUCGUAUCACUUUCCUUUCAACUUUGUUGCCGCUUUACCUUUGUAAUUAGAAACAUGGCCACUCCUAUAUUCUGUCAAGGAUCGAUGACCAGUGGACUCCUAUUUAUUUGGGUUUGUGGUUGGGGAGCUGCAGAGGUGUUGUCCGAGUGAUUUGAUGGUAAUUUAAGAUGGAGUACUGUGUGUUGCAUUGUGCUGCAUGCACUAGAGAAGAAACAAUGUGCAGACAGGGGUCCAUCAGACGCUGAAAAAGGUGCGACUGCUGGCAGCAGAAAAGAGAGGUUGCUUAGGACUGUGUUUGGGAACAACUCUUUGCUUUAUUUAACUCUUGUCUGGAAACCUGUUGAGUUUGUUGUUGGAGUGUUUUCAGAGAGUACAUUCCUGUACAUUAUUUCUUUUUCUUGUGCCUUUGAAAUGCAAGAAGCUUUCGAGGCAAAAAAAAAAAAAAGAGCACCAGUGUGGUUCCCAGCAAAACCAUUUGUUUUUUCUGUGAUAUGCAGCAUGCAGACACAAACACAUGUGUGUGCAACCUUUGUAGAGACAAUCCCCUUGGUGAGAUGAGACCAAAAGUACCAGGGUGACUGCAUUGAGAGGUUCAAAAGCUUUCCCGGAGAGUGUUACGGAGAGGACAAUCACGGGAAUAAGUGCAAAGGACGGUUACUUGUGCCCUGGUUUCGUUAUGUUUGUUGUCGCAGUUGGGUUUUCCCGCGGCGGUAAAAUGGCUCAGCAAUCCUGGUUUUCCAGGUCUAUUUUCCUUGCGUAGUGGCUCUGGCUGCUCAAGUUAAUUUGAUGAGAAUCUGUUUGGAGCUUGUGAAGCUAAAUAUCUUUUUUUUUUUUUUCCAAGUGGGAACAAAUCGCUUGUUUAUUUUUGGGAGCUUUCAAAUGCAAGAACAGCGGUCUGGCACUUACUCGACUCCUCACAGUCGCAACAAGUACUGCUCAUUUCUGAUGGCCUUGAAGUGCGCUGUGGAGCUACUCCAAUCCUAGGUGGCGCUACCACUGCCUGCAUGUCAUCCUGUGUCGACAAAAAUGUUCAGAGGUAGCGGACUCGCCGUCAUAGAAUGAAGGUUUCGAGGAGGGAAGCAAACAGAACGUUUUAGAGUUGCGGAGGCAUGUUAAACGGUAGAUGUGAGCGACAAAUCUUAGUUGCUCCCCCAGCUGUCGUCCCUCUUAGCGCCGGGGAUGCGGAAAAGUGUCUGUAUCUGUGUGAGUGUGUUUUGUAGCUGGCACAGAAUGCUGCCCUUGUAGGAGAGAAAAAAAAAAGUGCUUAUACCACAUAUUUUAAGCAACAACCAGUGUACUGUGGAACAACUCUCACAAAGUAAACACUUUUUUUCCCUCAAAGGAAAUGAGGACGCGGUGUGGCAGUGCACUCUACACACACGCUCUCACACAAACUUGUCUCAGCCAAAAGUGACAUCCUACUACAGAGCGAAUAUAUACAUAAAAGCUAUUUGUCUAGAGCCACUUGAGAGGCUGUUAGUAGCUGACACAAGGCUGUUUCUAGAGAGUAGGAUUGUCCUCUGGAUCACUUGACGGUGGUGCGCCGUGCUCGACCAAUAUCCUUUGAACAAAAAUAAAUUUUUCUCCCCCUUGCAACAUAUUCAUGACCAUCGGCUAUCCCCUGCUGUUUAGAUCACCUUUUAAGGCUGCCUGCUCUGCGCACCAUCACAAGCGGUUCGGAGCAGUAGCUCGUGUGUACAUGACACUUAGAGAAGACAACACUGUGGAAUUGCACGCACACUUAGGUUUGUUUGUAUAUACUGUACAGUAUUUGUUUGUGGUUUCCUUUUUCAAAGUUUUUGCGUUGCGUUUUAAGUGUAUAGAACUUCUCUGAAAUCGCGCAGAGGUCCCUCGCUGUUGGUGGGAAGGGAGGAAAUGCUGCUCUUGUCGGAGGUGGAAAGUGUCUUCAGGUGAAAAGUGCCCUGCCAAGGUGACGAGGGAUCUAUUUUUGUCUGCUUGGCUCCGGCUUUGAGUGGCAGUUCCUUUCCUUCAGUGGGGUUGAAGCACGCAGUGCUGCCGCGAUGACCUUAAGGCAACUAAAUGGUGUGCGAGCUAGGGUCAGGGUUUGGCCUAGGAACUACUGCUUGUGUACUUGUUGGUAUUGUAAAGAAGUGUUGGAAGAAAAAAAAACGAAGUUUAAAAUAAAACCAUAACAUGACACUCUGCGGUGUCUUGUGUCUCAAAA